UUCAGAUCAGACGCCACCAAACCAACAAGUCUCACCCUCUCUCUCGACUCUCUCGCUUCUCACUCCUGUCGACCAUUUCUCCGAAUUCACCAAACUGCCCUUCUUCUUCGUAAUCCUCUCUCUCUGAGCAAACCCUAGCUUCCGUCGUCGCGAUGCUCAAUUUUACGCCGACCACCGCCAGCCAGAUUCGCUUCCUACUCCAGAGCCUCAACGAUGCCACCUCCGACUCCGUUCUCCGAGAGCUCUCUCAGUUUACUGAAUAUGGACUUGAGGGAAGCAUUUUGCUGCUGCAGACCUGUCUGGAUCAUCUCACUAAUUACAGAACAGACUUAAAGAAUGCAGCAUUGGAACGAGUUCUUGCCUCAAUUUUCAAAAAUCUCCUUGACAGACCUAAUUUCAGUACGGUGUUUUGUGAGUGCCUAAGAAAUACAGAGAUUAAUGAAGGAAUUCUUGAGAAUUUCUCUAAUGCAUUACACCUAUCUGUAUCGGAGAAAAUUGGCAUUGCUCUUGCGCUGUCAGAUUCUGAAAACCUAGACACCAGGAUAUGUGGCAAGAACUUCUGUAUGGAUCAGAUCCAGAAAUUGUGUGAAAGUCCUAUUGCUAUGAAUUCGUCUGAGCAAAUUCAGAACAUUGUUAUAUUCCUCCAGCGGUCUGAGGGCCUUUCCAAGCAUGUGGAUUCCUUUAUGCAGAUGUUAUCUUUACUGCAGCUGAAAGAUGACAGUUUUUCUGUUUUAACUCCAUUGCUUUCAGAUGAGCUCCGUGAUGCCAAUUUUUUGAGCAAUGUGGGUUUGUUGCAUGAAAGCAGAGAAAAUGAUUUUGAUGCUAUUUUAGCUGAAAUGGCGAAGGAAAUCAGCAUGGGAGAUGUAAUGAAGGAAUUAGGUUAUGGAUGCACAGUUGAUUCAUCUCAGUGCAAAGAGAUUUUAUCUCUUUUCUUACCACUCACUGAGAUUACUAUUUCAAAAAUACUUGGCAUGAUUGCCUCUACUCAUGUUGGUCUCGAGGACAAUCAGAAUGCAUUUUCAACAUUCCGGUUGGCGGUUGGUAACAGCACUUUAUCUGAUCUGCCUAUGUUGAACACCUGGAAUAUUGAUGUCCUUGUAGAUACAAUCAAGCAACUUGCUCCCGGUACUAACUGGAUACAAGUUAUUGAAAAUUUGGAUCAUGAGGGAUUCUUCAUUCCUAAUCAGGAGGCAUUCUCUUUUUUCAUGUCUGUAUAUCAGCAUGUCUGUCAGGAGCUGUUCCCCCUCCAUGUUAUCUGCGGGUCUGUUUGGAAGAACACCGAGGGUCAGCUAUCCUUCCUUAAACAUGCUGUGUCAGCACCACCUGAAGUGUUUACCUUUGCCCACUCUGUUAGGCAGCUGGCCUAUAUUGAUGCAGUGCAUGGCCAUAAGCUUCAACUUGGACAUGCAAAUCAUGCAUGGUUGAGUCUUGACCUUUUGGAUGUACUGUGUCUACUAGCUGAGAGGGGUCAUGCUCUUGCUGUCCGAUCAAUGCUUGAGUAUCCUCUUAAACACUGUCCUGAAGUCCUGCUUCUUGGGAUGGCGCAUACAAAUACUGCUUAUAACCUGCUGCAAUAUGAAGUGUCUUAUACUGUUUUCCCCAUGAUGGUAAAAAAUGCCAUGGGCAUUGGCAUGAUUAACCACCUCUGGCAUAUUAACACCUCAUUGGUGCUGAGGGGAUUUGUGGAUGCUCACAAUUGUGAUCCAGAUAGCAUAGCUAGAAUUUUGGAUAUCUGUCAAGAGCUAAAGAUUCUGUCAUCUGUCCUAGAGAUGAUCCCUUCCUCUUUAAGUAUCAGAUUGGCAGCCCUUGCUUCUAAAAAAGAGCUUGUAGACCUUGAGAAGUGGUUGAGUACUAAUUUGAAUUUGUAUAAGGAUACUUUCUUUGAGGAGUGCAUAAAGUUCUUGAAGGAGAUUCAAUUUGGUGGUUCACAGGAUUUUUCCACCAGACCUUUCCAACAUUCUGGUGCCGUGUCUAAUAUUUAUGCGGACACUGCUACUAUCUUCACGAAGGUUCUUAAAGCUCAUGUUGGCUUGGUUGCCUCUAGCCAACUUACUGAGGAGAUGGAAAGGUUGUCUGUAACAAUUAUGGAUUCGAUUCCAAGGCUCCCGAAUGGUGGCACGACAGAGUCUUCAACUGAUGGAUAUGCAGAUGAUAUUGAAGCUGAAGCAAACUCUUACUUCCAUCAAAUGUUUUCUGGUCAAUUGACAAUUGAUUCAAUGGUCCAAAUGCUUGCCCGAUUCAAGGAAUCUUCUGUAAAAAGGGAACAGUCAAUUUUUGAAUGUAUGAUUGCAAAUCUGUUUGAAGAGUAUAGAUUCUUCCCCAAGUAUCCUGAAAGACAGCUCAAACUUGCUGCAGUUCUGUUUGGCUCUGUCAUCAAGCACCAGCUCGUAACUCAUCUGACUCUUGGGAUUGCUCUGCGUGGUGUUUUAGAUGCAUUGCGCAAACCUGCGGAUUCAAAAAUGUUUGUGUUCGGAACAAAGGCCUUGGAGCAGUUUGUGGAUCGUCUGAUUGAGUGGCCGCAGUAUUGCAAUCAUAUUCUUCAAAUAUCCCAUCUGCGGAGUACUCAUUCAGAGCUUGUGGCUUUCAUUGAACAGGCUCUUGCCAGGAUUUCUUCAAGCCAUUCAGACUCGGAUGGAAGUAACCAUGCUUCUGCUGCUCAUCACCAUGGUCCCAGUCAAGCUACCCCAGGAAAUGUGGAGUUAAAUGGUUCUGCCAUCUUACAUAACGGGCAACAACAUUCUUCUCCACUCCAGCUUCAACAGAGACAUGAAAGUUCUCUUGAUGACCGUCAUAAAGCCUCGAAUUCAUCAAAUGACAUAAAGCCACCUUUAUCUUCUGCUGUGCAACCUCCGGUUGGUCCUGUAGGCGAUGCUCCUCGUAUUCAGAAGUCACAAAGUGCACUCAGUGCUCCGGCAAUGUUGUCUUCUCCUUCCCCUGGUUUCGUUCGUCCUACGCGAGGAGUUACUUCUACCAGGUUUGGCUCUGCUUUGAAUAUUGAAACAUUAGUUGCUGCUGCCGAGAAAAGAGAUACUCUUAUUGAGGCUCCAGCAUCAGAGAUUCAGGACAAGAUAUCAUUUAUAAUUAAUAAUAUUUCAGUUGCUAAUGUUGAAGCUAAGUCAAAGGAGUUUGCCGAAAUAAUGAAAGAGCAGUACUAUCCUUGGUUUGCACAGUAUAUGGUUAUGAAAAGGGCAAGCAUUGAGCCGAAUUUUCAUGAUUUGUACCUGAAAUUUCUGGACAAAGUUAAUUCCAAGGGUUUGAAUAAGGAGAUUGUUCAAGCCACUUAUGAGAACUGCAAGGUUCUUCUUGGAUCUGAGCUUAUAAAGUCAAGUGCAGAAGAGCGUUCGUUGCUAAAAAAUUUAGGUAGCUGGCUUGGGAAGCUUACAAUUGGAAGGAAUCAAGUCUUAAGGGCUCGGGAAAUAGAUCCCAAAUCUUUGAUUAUAGAGGCAUAUGAGAAAGGGUUGAUGAUUGCAGUUAUACCCUUUACUUCAAAGAUUCUGGAGCCAUGCCAAAGUAGCUUGGCAUAUCAGCCACCAAAUCCUUGGACAAUGGGUAUUCUUGGAUUACUUGCUGAGAUAUAUUCAAUGCCAAACUUGAAAAUGAACCUGAAGUUUGACAUCGAGGUUCUAUUUAAGAACCUUGGUGUGGAUUUGAAGGAGAUAACCCCAAGUUCUCUACUCAAGGACCGGAACAGAGAAGUUGAAGGGAAUCCUGAUUUCUCUAACAAAGAUAUUGGAGCAUCCCAACCACAGAUGGUUGCCGAAGUGAAACUAAAUCAAGUUGAACUACCAGUUGAUGUUGGUCCAUCUAAUUCUGCAAGCCAUACACAUAUAUCUCAGUAUGCGACCCCUGUUCAUGUUUCACCGGGAACCUUAAUCGAGGAUGAAAAGGUGUUUCCUGAUCAGAUUCCUGCUCAAGGACUGUUACCAGCUACUCCAUCCCAGUCACCAUUCUCUCUUCCCACACCAAUAUCUAAUAUUGCAACUCACGUGGUUAUCAACCCGAAACUCAGUGCUUUGGGAUUGCACUUGCAUUUUCAGAGGGUGGUUCCAAUUGCAAUGGACAGAGCUAUCAAAGAGAUAGUAACUGGCAUCGUUCAGCGCAGUGUUUCUAUAGCUACUCAGACAACUAAAGAGCUUGUCUUAAAGGAUUAUGCCAUGGAAUCCGAUGAGACAAGAAUAUUACUGGCAGCUCACUUGAUGGUUGCAAGUUUGGCAGGAAGUCUAGCUCAUGUAACUUGCAAGGAACCGUUGCGUAGUUCAAUAUCAACCCAGCUGCGGAAUUCCCUUCAGGGAUUAAAUAUUCCAAAUGAUCAUCUGGAGCAUGCUGUACAACUUGUUACUAAUGACAAUCUGGAUCUUGGCUGUGCAAUCAUUGAACAGUCUGCUACUGAUAAGGCAGUACAAACAAUUGAUGGAGAAAUAGCUCAACAACUUUCAUUAAGAAGGAAGAGGGAAGGUGCAGGUACAACGUUUUUUGAUGCUAACAUGUAUACACAAGGAGGCAGUGUGCCCGAGUCCCUUCGCCCAAAACCUGGUCAUUUGUCCAUUUCUCAACAACGAGUUUAUGAGGACUUUGUGCGGCUUCCCUGGCAAAACCAGUCUAGCCAGAAUUCACAUGUUCUUCCUGCUAGUACUGCAGCUACAUCUGCAAGUGCAGGUCUAAAUAGCACAUUUGGUUCAGCCUCGGCUCAAAUUAACACAGGCUUCUCAGCAGGCCCCGGAAGCAAAUUUGAUGCAGUUUCUCGUCCACUGGAUGAGGCGAUUGAAUCCAAUCCGGCUCUGCAUCCAAGUGCAUCCUCUAUUAAUGUUGGAGCGGGUGAUGGUGUUUCCCAGCAUAGUUCUGAGAAUGAUUCUGUCAUUGGUUCAUUUCCUCCUGCUGCUUCUGCCCUAGAGCUGCAAUCAGUAGAGUCAUCUGAUACUAUACAGGAGUCUGGAAUUUCUUCACAGCCACAACCGUCAUCUACUGUAACUGAACGUCUGGCAAGCAACAUAUCAGAACCUUCUCUCAAUACGAGGGAUGCAUUGGAUAAAUACCAGAUUAUUUCACAGAAGCUUGAAGCUUUGGUAACCAACGAUGCUAGAGAGUUAGAAAUUCAGGGAGUAAUUGGUGAAGUUCCUGAGAUUAUACUCAGGUGUGUUAGUCGAGAUGAGGCUGCCUUGGCUGUGGCUCAAAAGGUUUUCAAGGGUUUAUACGAAAAUGCAUCAAACCAUACUCAUGUCAGUGCUCAUAUUGCAAUGCUGACAGCUAUUCGCGAUGUUUGCAAGCUUGUUGUUAAGGAGCUCACUAGUUGGGUUAUUUAUUCGGAUGAGGAGCGGAAGUUUAACAAAGAUAUUACUGUUGGCCUCAUUCACAGUGAAUUGCUAAAUCUUGCAGAGUACAAUGUUCAAAUGGCAAAACUUAUUGAUGGGGGCAGAAAUAAGCCUGCAACUGAGUUUUCAAUUUCCCUUCUCCAAUCUUUGGUGAUUGAAGAAUCUAAAGUUAUAUCAGAACUUCAUAAUCUUGUUGACGCAUUGGCAAAGCUCGCUGCAAAGCCUGGAUCUCCUGAGUCGCUACAGCAGCUGGUUGAAAUGGUAAAGAAUCCUGCUUAUAUUCUUGGUGCGCCGUCUGCUAUUAAUGUAGGAAAAGAGGACAAAGCCAGAAUAUCUAAAGAUAAAAAGGCUUCUGUUCACUCUCCGGUGAGCAGGGAAGACUUUAGUAAUGUGGAGUCUGUCGAACCAGAUCCUGCUGGAUUCCGUGAGCAGGUGUCUAUGCUGUUUGCAGAGUGGUACCAGAUUUGCGAACUUCCUGGUGCAAACGAUGCAGCUUGUGCCCAUUUUAUCUUGCAGUUGCAUCAAAAUGGUCUGCUGAAGGGGGAUGAUAUGACAGACCGGUUUUUCCGUGUCCUCACAGAGCUAUCUGUUGCACAUUGCCUAUCUUCUGAGAGGACAAUUCCAAGCUCACCGCAAGCACCUCAACAAGUGCAGAAUCUCUCCUUCCUUGCUAUUGAUAUUUAUGCUAAACUUGUCUUCUUAAUUUUGAAGGUAAUUAUUCCUUUGUAUGUAUGUUUUAUGCUCUUUAUGAUUCCUGGACCUAAUUUAACUAUGGAUUAUCUGUUGGAGCAGGGAUCAAGUAAACUAUUUCUCUUGUCUAAGAUAUUGGCAGUCACAGUGAGAUUCAUUCAAAAGGAUGCAGAGGAGAAGAAAACAUCUUUCAAUCCAAGACCGUAUUUUAGAUUGUUUGUCAACUGGCUUCUAGACCUUGGUUCUUUGGAUCCUGUGAUUGAUGGUGCUAACUUUCAGAUAUUGACAGCAUUUGCAAAUGCAUUUCAUGCUUUGCAGCCCCUUAAGGUUCCUACGUUCAGCUUUGCAUGGCUUGAGUUGGUGAGUCAUAGGAGUUUCAUGCCAAAAAUGCUUGUUGGAAAUGGUCAGAAGGGUUGGCCCUAUGUCCAACGUUUGCUGGUACAUUUGUUUCAAUUUAUGGAGCCAUUUUUGAGGAAUGCUGAACUUGGAGUUCCGGUUCAUUUCAUGUAUAAAGGCACACUUAGGGUGCUUCUAGUGCUACUUCAUGAUUUUCCGGAGUUCCUUUGUGAUUAUCAUUUUACUUUCUGUGAUGUAAUCCCUCCAAGCUGCAUUCAAAUGCGAAAUAUCAUCCUCAGUGCAUUUCCCCGUAAUAUGAGGCUACCAGAUCCAUCUACUCCCAACUUAAAGAUUGAUUUGCUUGCAGAAAUCAGUCAGUCUCCACGUAUUCUUUCCGAGGUUGAUGCAGCUCUAAAAGCGAAGCAGAUGAAAGCUGAUGUGGAUGAGUAUCUCAAGACAAGGCAACAGGGUUCUUCAUUUCUGACUGAACUGAAGCAAAAGUUGCUCCUUUUACCAAGCGAAGCUGCCUCAGCUGGUACUCGUUACAAUGUACCCCUGAUCAACUCCCUUGUGCUUUAUGUUGGGAUGCAGGCUAUCCAGCAGCUUCAGGCUAGAACACCUCAUGCGCAAUCUACCCAAACUGUUCCACUGACUGUCUAUUUGGUGGGUGCUGCUUUGGAUAUUUUUCAGACUCUGAUAGUGGACCUAGAUACUGAAGGGCGCUACCUUUUCCUAAAUGCGAUCGCGAACCAACUGCGUUAUCCAAACACCCAUACCCAUUACUUUUCUUUCAUUGUUUUGUACUUGUUUGCUGAAUCAAACCAGCAUGAAAUUAUCCAGGAGCAAAUCACAAGGGUAUUGUUGGAACGUCUGAUUGUCAACCGGCCUCAUCCAUGGGGUCUUCUAAUUACCUUCAUUGAGCUUAUCAAGAAUCCGAGAUACCAGUUCUGGAACCGAGCUUUCAUCAGAUGUGCGCCAGAGAUUGAAAAACUCUUUGAAUCUGUCUCAAGGUCUUGCGGGGGACCAAAACCAGUGGACGAAAGUAUGGUCUCAGGUUGGGUAUCGGAGAGCGCCCACUAAUUAUUUGUGUGGCCAAAAGACAUGAUUUGUAUUUUUUGUGACACUAAUCGGCAGCAAGUUGCAUCUCCAGUCUUUUAGGUGUUCCAACUUCAUUCCCCAUGCUACUGUAUGUAUUUAUUUUGUAUUUUAGAUCUCUUGUAAUUAAAUAUUUACCUAAAUUGUAAAUUGUUUAAUGCACUUAUUUCAAUCAAGGUUAAGUCUGACACUUGAUAACCAA